UUAUCAAUGGCAUUAAUUCAGUCUGAACAUGAUGAUGUGCUACAUGUAGGAAAUGGAGUAUCGACAUCAGCAUGUUGAACGUUUCCAUUUCAACCUUGCUAGAACAGUACAGUUCAUGCUCAGGGCACACCAUGCCGAAUAGAAAUUGUUCAGGCAGCCAGUCAACAAUCCAUCCGUCUGCAGUCCUUAUUUACCGACACCGCCAGUAAAGUCGAAAUCGUAAGCAGUCGAAACUUGUAAUGCUUAAUCAGUUUAUUUCCUACACGGCGACAGUGCAUCAGUAACAUCAGUUGGCUCGUCCAGUUCCUCCAGAACUUUAGUUCAUUUUUCCAAGUUCCAGCUUUUCUAAUUUCCGAUGGAAAAGUAAGUGGGGGAGAGCACACGGGCACUGCAAACAUUGAUAAAGCUAGUCCGUCAUCGGCCACGAGAAAAUCUCAAAAUCAGCUUGAUAAACUGAGUCUAGUGAAUGCAGUUCGUGUUCAUAAAAGGACAUUGCUCGAACCAUUUCAUUAGUCGACAUGGAUAUCCAAGCAUCUGGUUCAGGACAUCCAUGCGAUAUUUACGCCAUUUGCCGGCUUUGUCUCUCGGAUAAAACUGAUUCUUUAAAAUCGGUUUUUGACGAAAUACUCGCCCCAAGCCGGUUAUCCCAGAAGAUUGAGCUGCUCCUUCAAGUUCAGGUUAGCAAAUUCGACCAGAUAUCCACUAUGGUCUGUAAUGACUGCAUUAUCAGACUGGAUACAUGGUUUGCCUACAAGAAACAAUGUCAUAAGAAUCAAACCAAAUUGACAGAAUGGCUAAAUAUCAGCAAGUCCAAUGGGAUAGAAUUACAUGAAGCUGUAUUAAACAUAAAAACAGAAUCUCUGGACCCUUUUGAAUCCGGACUGCCAGUUAAAGUUGAGGUAACUUGUGAAAAUGAUGAAUAUACUUCUACAGAUGUAUCUGCUUAUCAGUACGACAACGACAUAGAUUUAAGUGUGGUAGAAACUGAUGACGACAGGCGAUGUUCAGACUGUGGUAAGAUGUUUGGUAGUUCUCAAAAUCGCCGACGACAUCAAAACAUGAUGCACCUGAAGAAAGAACGAAGAUUUCAAAUGGCGGAAAUCAAAAAGGCGAAGCCUAAGCUGAUCACUCCAAUUGAAAUUCCUAAACGACUUGAUGCAGAUUCAAUUCAGAAAAUUGAGAAAAAACCAGAAGAACUUAAUGGAAAUACGACUAGUUCUUGUGAUGUAACUAGCCACAGGAAAGAUGAAUGUAAUUCUGAGACUAAUAAGUUUGAAGAAGCAGAUACCGAAAUUCCAAUUUUAACAAGAGUUGAAGAAACAACAGCUUUACUGAUCCCUGGUGGAGACUCAUUAGAAUCAUCAGCCGAAUCUGCAAAUAUCGAUGAAGGACCACCAAUUCUUGAAAGAAAUGUAAUACAAUCUGAAGAAAAGUACAAUGUGGAGCAAAAGCAAUCUGAACCGCAAACUAAACCAGAAAAAACGAACCCCGCUAAUGAAACUAAGCUGGAAGAAAAGCUCAUGAAAUUUGAAGAAGAUGAGAAAAAAAUAGAGUUUGCAGCUGGAUUGAAACUUAUCCAAAAAGACUCUACGCCUAACGAAUUUCACAACCUGUCUAAAAUUGAGAUCAGCUAUCUUGAAAAGUGCAAAGCAAUGGUAUCGAUGUUCCAAACAUUGCAGUGCGCCUGCCAUGAUGUGCAACACAAAACCAUGCGAAAUCUUUUAUCGCAUUUGAGGGAAACACGAAUUUGGUUUCCAUUGUUUACAUGUUAUAAUUGCAUGAUAUCGCUGACGGAUCGCUCGACUUUCACAAAACACCAUUCCAGGUGUCCUCAACCACAACUAGACGCAUUAAAGAAGUUGUCCAACUUACGGAAACGAAGCCAGCUUAAGUCAAGAUUGUAUCAAAAUUUUAAAUGUAACCGGUGUAAAUUUUUGUUUUCGUUCCACGAAGAUUUCUGCAAGCAUGUCAAUGAUUAUCAUGCUCGCGGGUCGCCCCCGUUUUACUGUUCGUGUCGUUUUGUAUUUAAUUCAUUGGAGGAAUACAAAACCCAUUGUUACACUUCUUGUACAGUGUCCUACUAUUGUGACAUUUGCUUUAAAACGACAUCCACUAUCGAGGAAUUUAUAAAGCAUGCCGAAGAAGAACACGAUUCUUCUGAGGGUUUUGUAUUACUUCAAGAUAACACGUAUGUGCCCCGAAGUCAAGCAUUUCGGCACAAAGAAGCAGAUGACGAAGCUAACGUACUGGAAGGUAAACGCGAGCGCAAGAAAUCGUGUAAAGAACCCGUUGUUGUGCAUAUUUACGACAAAGAAAUUCCUGCUGAUGUUAAGGACAUUCCAACGAGUGCAAUCAGAAGAAUGCUUGAACUGGAUGGAAGUGUUAACCUUUCAAGUAAUAGUAAAGCGCCAAGCAAAUGUCCUGUUUGCCGAAAACAAUAUUCUAGUGUAAAUAAUAUGAUGCGGCAUUACAGAACCCACAUAGAAAAGAAAGAAGUCGAAAUACCCAAAAUAGAGAACGAAGCUGAAAAUGAAGAUUUAUACACAUGUCCGGAUUGUGGUGGGGUGUAUCCGGCCUCAAAAUGGAAAGAUCAUUUAAAAGAGAAACAUUCUCUUAAAGCAUGUUCUGAAUGUGACAAGGAGUUUCAAUUCCAAAACGAAUUAGAUCAACAUAGAAGUGUACAUUUAAACAUUAAAGUAUUUAGGGAUUCUAAGACCCAAGUCUAUAGAUCGGCCAUGUUAAGUCCAACGGAAGAAAGUGCUGAACCAGCCGAGUCAGAUAUGAUUACGUGUACGAUGUGUGACGAUUUGUUCAACAACAAGGAUGAUUUGAAAAGGCACAAAAUGUUACAACAUGAUUCUAGUACCUUAUCAGCUGCUAGCAGUUCUAUGGAAAAUGUAAGCGAGCUGGAACCUUUAUUGGAAGUAACUGAGUUAAAUGAGGAGUUCAAUAACAAAGCCACUUCGGACCAACUGUUUUGUGAUCCGUGUGAUAGAGAAUUUGCCUCACCGAAGUCUUUGAGAGAACAUGUACUGAACAAACACGGUGCCAGUUUCUUGAAAAAUGUUGAGUAUCCGAAAACCUGUAAACUCUGUGGGAAGAGUUGCACCACUGGUUCUGCUUAUAAAAUUCACAUGCAAAUGCACAACAGGAUGAACCUGAGCCGUACAGAUAAACUGAAAGACGAUUUUCCUAAAAAGUGCGAGUAUUGUGAUAAAAUGUGUAAUUCUGGAGCGGGACUUUAUGUACAUACCCAAAUGCAUGAACGGGUUACUCUAGGAGAGCUGAAGAAAAAAAAAGUAGACAAAAAGAAAGUCGAUCUGUUGGAAGAACCAGAUGCGGAAGAAUCAUAUCAUACAUGCAACCGAUGUUUCAAAGUUUUCGCUACCAAAGGCAGACUAAAAGAACACUUGAAGUCGCAUAGUCUUUCGAAGGCGAGCACCAAAAGGAACCGAAAGGUACUUUGCGAUCUUUGUCAUCUGGCUUUGGAUAGCCAUGCGGAUUUAAAAAAGCACAAAUCUGAAGAGCAUAGCGAUGAGCUUCCAGACGAGCUCUCUGCGGCUAGCGAAAUGGAUAUGGAUGAAAGUACUAUGGAUACUAUUUCAGCCGUCAUGUAUGCUUGUGAUAAUUGUGAAGAUUCCUUCAGCUCUAGAGCAGAGCUAAAGUCUCACAAAGAAAUUCAUACCAAAUCGAGGUCAAAAACUUUAAUUUGUAAAUAUUGUAAAACGUACUUCAGUUCUGUGAACGAAUUAACCAAACAUAUGAAUUUAGAGCAUGACGAAAGUUUCAAACACAAAGUAAAAGUGAAAGAUAGUGAAAAGUUAUUUGCAUGCUCAAUUUGCAAAAAGACUUUUUCCACGUAUGGUGCAAUGACGGCACACUCAGGUUGGCACAAAAGAUCAGGUAAUCGAGGUGUACAAGAACUACCACUUAAUUCAGUAGCAGCUAAAUCUGCUGCCAGAUUAGCAAAGAGACAGACAGCCUUAAGAAAAAUAGAAGCAGCCAAGGAAAUUAAACCGGAACCGAUAGAAGUUCCUGAAUUUCAGUGUUCCACUUGUUUAGUGGAGUUGCCAAACGAAACUGCAUUGCAGAUUCACGUCUUGGAAAAGCAUGGAAACCUAGAUGCACUCAUGCUGGUUCCAAGGUGUGAUAUAUGCAAUAAAGAUUUUGCUACUCAAGACGAGUACGAAACCCAUAAACGUUUUCAUGAUUUUCUAGAGCGCCAAAGGCAACAUGAACGCCAGCUGAAAACGCCGAUUAUUCAAAGUGUUGAAACGGUAGUUGAAACUCCCGCUGAAAGUACUUCAAAAAGAGUUUUUUGUAGUUGGUGUAGUUCCAGUUUUAGUAGACAGGAUACUCUAAAUACACACAUUAAACACCAUCAUAAAGAGCACGUUAAAACAGAGUUUGAGUGCAACCAAUGCAAUCGAAUCUUUGAUAAACAGAGCUCAUUAACUAUCCACUUGAAAAUGCAUCAGAAGCAAAAAACUUCAACUGUACAAUUUCCAUCUCAAAGUGUUGGAAAAACAUAUGUGUGUUCUUUGUGCAAUAAGUGCUUCAACUAUCCCAAGGAUCUUAGAAUGCAUACAAUUAAUGCCCACCCGUUUUAGUAAUAUUAUUAUAUGAUCUAUUUAAACAUAAUAUUAGCCUGAAAUCAAAUGCAAUACAAAAUAAUUAUAACUAUUAAUUUUUCUCCAUUGGUUAAAAGAUUCUCACUUUGCGAUAUCUCAUUUGAAACACUUUGAGCUUUUAAAGUACACAUAGUGACAAAACUGCAUUUAACAAAUAAAAAUAAUUUCUAUAAAAUACGAGCGAGUAUAAAUUAUAUAAGAAAUAUUUUAAAAUUAGCUGAAAUAUUAAUAAUUAAAAUUUGCCAACUAGUUUUUAUUAUGUAAAGCAACAAUUUAAGUACUUAAUGCUAAGUUUCAAUGUAAAUAGUUCAUUCUUUUUAUUAAUUAAUAGAAUAUCUACAGAAUUCAGUUCCGGUGCGUUUCAGCGGAGGAAUUUCAAACUUAAUUUAAAUAAAAUUUGAAAAUAAUUCUUUUGUUGUAGUUUUUCCAUGCAUUCUGUUUAUUUUCUUUUCUUAUUUAUGUUGUUAGAUACUAUUCCAUUAUAUGUUUGCUCGUAGAUUCUUUUAUCAACAUCGACAAAUUUUUCCAGAUGCUCCUUCGUGGACGUAGUAAAGCAACGAAAAAAAUGUAAUGAUUUCCUGAUGAUUUUUCUAGUACAGGACAUAAGUAGUGGGGUCACAGUUGUUAAAAUAUAAAGUAUUUUGAUCUUGGGUUUAAGAAUUUCUGACCUGUACUUCUACACCCUAAGAAUUUGUUUCAAGUACAUCGUUUGUUUAAGAUGCAUUAAUAAUUUUUAUAAUAGCUGUUACUUUAAUUUAGGAACGUCAUAAAUGAUAAUCGAAUUUCCAGGAUUGGCUUUAUUAGCGAGAGAUUAGAUUGGAAAGAACUAAAUAUUUCUUUAAGGAUCGCAUUUAAGUUACUGUAUAUAUAUUUUUGACAACAAAUUCGCAUUUGGCUUUUCUCUCGGUUAUAAUUCAAAUUGUUUUGCCUAGAAAAAUGUUUAAUUUCAAUCAUGUAAUUCAAUUCUUCCCACCACGACGGCGGACUCUAUAAAAGCCAUUGUAAAAUAUUUGUUGUGUAACUUACGGUUUGUUUACAUCAACUAUUAUUUUAAUAUACAAAACUCUAUGUACUCCUGAUUUGAAUUUGAUUAUUGGUAUACAGGACAAGUUACACAAUUACACUUCUAAUAGUAAAAAAGAAUUACAUGAGAAAUUCGUGACUUUUCUAGUAGUGUGAUAAUUAUUUAAAAAUAUGUUUUCAAAUAUCAGGAUCCGUAAAUUGCCUUUAUUUAAACCACUUUCAGGCACUAAGAACCUCUAAUUUGUUACACCUUGUAUAUAUUUGUGUAUAGAAGCAGGUUGAUAGGUUGCGUUGAAUAAGGGAACUUUUCUUGCUCGUUUUGUGUAUUUUUUGUCGGAUUAAAUCCAAUUUAGUUAAUUAUUUUUGUAAUAAAUUUGACGAUAAUUGUA